GAGAGAGAGAGAGAGAGAGAGAGAGAGAGAGAGACUCACGGGGAGUGGGGAGAGCGAGAGGAGUAGAGGAGGCGAGCACCAGUCGGAGGAAGAGAGAGAGAGAGAGAGAGAGAAGUGGGCUGGAUGUGGACAGAGCCGCUUGUUUACAUUUGCGUGUACCGCCGUCGUCCUGCCCCGCUGAACACACACGCGGGGAGCGGCGCUGCGUGUGUGUGUGCUCGUGUCCGUCCGUGCACGUGUGUGUGUUAGGAGGAAACGCCUGCUUGUCACGCCAGUAUGUGUGGACCUUGACUGAUCACAGGACUACGGAGGAGCGACCGGAGAAACGAGGCUGUGGAAAAGCGAUAGAACGAGGAAGCCAACGAGGGAGAGAGAGAGAGAGAUAGAGAAAGAGAGCGGUUGUUGUGUAACUGGAGGAGUGGAUGAGGAAGCUGGGUUCCACUGGGAGGCUGUUGGAUCCACAUACGGACUGACGGACAGAUCGGACAAAGUUUGUCGCUGUGACAGCAGGACAAUAACACAGGACAAGAACACAGACCUGAGAGGAAGGCGAAGGAGUCGAGGCAAAAAGGAGGAAAGGCAGAAGACGGAGAGACAGACUUUGGAGGAGUACAGACUUCUGACCGGCCCAGCUAAGGAGGAGCAGGGACUGGGAUUACUUGGUGACACUGUGGGUGCGUUGUGGGAGAGAGCGAGGGGGUGCACUUGUGUGUGACACCGGUGGAGGGCAGAGGAGCGGAGGGCCAGGUCACUAACCUGGCCAUCAAACGCACGGGCAGACUCUCCUCUCCUGGGAUCAUGUACCCUCAGGGCAGGCAUCCGGGCCUACUCGUUCCACGUGGCGGCCGACGGCCAGAUGCAGCCCGUGCCCUUCCCCCCGGACGCCCUGCUGGGCCCGGGCAUCCCGCGCCACGCCCGGCAGAUCCACACGCUCAACCACGGCGAGGUGGUGUGCGCCGUCACCAUCAGCACCUCCACCCGACAGGUGUACACCGGCGGCAAGGGCUGCGUGAAGGUGUGGGACAUCAGCCAGCCGGGCAGCAAGAGCCCCAUGGCCCAGCUGGACUGUCUGAACCGGGACAACUACAUCCGCUCCUGCAAGAUCCUCCCCGACGGGCGCACCUUGAUCGUGGGCGGGGAGGCCAGCACGCUGUCCAUCUGGGACCUGGCCACGCCCACCCCCCGCAUCAAGGCGGAGCUCACCUCCUCGGCGCCCGCCUGCUACGCGCUGGCCAUCUCCCCCGACAACAAGGUCUGCUUCUCCUGCUGCAGCGACGGCAACAUCGUGGUCUGGGACCUCCACAACCAGACGCUGGUCAGGCAGUUCCAGGGCCACACGGACGGAGCGAGCUGCAUCGACAUCUCCAACGACGGCACCAAGCUGUGGACGGGGGGCCUGGACAACACGGUGCGCUGCUGGGACCUCCGGGAGGGACGGCAGCUGCAGCAGCACGACUUCACCUCACAGAUCUUCUCUCUGGGCUACUGUCCCACCGGAGAGUGGCUGGCGGUGGGCAUGGAGAGCAGCAACGUGGAGGUCCUGCACGUCUCCAAGCCUGACAAGUACCAGCUGCACCUCCACGAGAGCUGCGUGCUCUCCCUCAAGUUUGCCUCCUGCGGCAAGUGGUUUGUGAGCACAGGCAAGGACAAUCUGUUGAAUGCAUGGAGGACGCCGUACGGAGCGAGCAUCUUCCAGUCAAAGGAGUCGUCGUCCGUCCUGAGCUGCGACGUCUCGCCCGACGAUAAGUACAUCGUGACGGGCUCCGGGGACAAGAAAGCCACCGUCUAUGAAGUGGUGUACUGAAGGCCCCCCCGGGCCCCUAGCUCAACGCAGUGCAGCGCUGGCUGUGUGUGGGUUUGGGGGGGGUGUAUAUAUCUGUGUGUGUGAGGGGUGUUGACUGGUGAUUUCACAUCCUUCCAGUGGGGGGGGGGGGGGGGGGGGGGGGGUUGAUGAAGUAAUGUGGAGGGAUGUUGAGCCGUGGGUUUGGAUGGGGAGGUAUCGAAUAGUAACGGAACAACUCGUGUAACCAGCCCUCCUCAAAACGCACACACACACACACAAACAACUGCAUUCACUCACAUGCACCUCGCACACGCACGCACACACGCACACACACACACACGCGCAAACACACAUAAAGCCCCUUCCUGUGUUCAUCCCUUAUUCAGCUCCGCUCACAUGCUGCCCCCUGCCCUCGACUGUGAUUAAGAAUCCCCCCCGCCUUUCCUUCCCCCACACACACACACACACGCGCACACACACACACACACACACACACACACA